AUGUACCUGAUUGUCCACAUCCCUCUCCUGAUUUGUGAAUGUGCCCAGUCUUUUAGCCGUAGUUCCACCCUUAUUCGACAACGAACAGUUCACACUGGAGAAAGGCGUUAUGAGUGCACUCAGUGUGGGAAAUCUUUUAGACGAAAAUUCUACCUCCUUGUACACUGGAGAGUUCACACUGGAGAAAGGCCUUAUGAAUGCAGUGAAUGUGGGAAAUCUUUUACCAGAAACUCGGUACUCAUUCUCCACCAGAGAGUACAUACGGGAGAAAGGCCUUUUCAUUGCAGUAAAUGUGGGAAAUCUUUUUCAUCUGGGUCCAAACUCAGUAAUCAUCAGAGAGUUCAUACAGGAGAAAGGCCUUAUGAAUGCAGUGAAUGUAGGAAAUCCUUUCUCCAAAGAUCCAAACUUGUUAUACACCAGCGAGUUCACACAGGAGAGAGGCCAUAUGAGUGCAGUGAAUGUGGGAAAUCUUUCACCACUAAGACAACCCUCCUUUAUCAUGAGAAAGUUCACACAGGAGAAAGGCCUUAUGAGUGCAGUGAAUGUGGGAAAUCCUUUAUCCAAAGAUCCAAACUUGUUAUACACCAGAGAAUUCACUCUGGAGAAAGGCCUCAUCGUUGUACUGAAUGUGGGAAAUCCUUUAUCCAAAGAUCCAACCUUGUUAAACACCAGAGAGUUCACACAGGAGAGAGGCCUUAUGAGUGCAGUGAAUGUGGGAAAUCUUUCAGCGUUAGGGGUACCCUUCGUGAUCAUCAGAGAGUUCACACUGGAGAAAGGCCCUAUGAGUGCAGCCAAUGUGGGAAAUCAUUUAGAGUAAAUUCUCAUCUCAUUCAACACUGGAGAUUUCACACUGGAGAAAAGCCUUAUAAAUGUAGUGAAUGUGGGAAAUCUUUCUCGUCUACCUCGAGUCUUCAUUAUCAUCAGAGUGUUCACACUGGGUUAAGGUCUUAUGUAUGUGUUGACUGUGGGAAAUCAUAUACCAAUAGCUCGACACUUAUUCGACACAGGAGAAUUCACACAGGAGAAAAGCCUUAUAAGUGCGGUGAAUGUGGAAAAUCCUUCUGGCGUAGUUCACAAUUCAGUGAACACCAGAGAGUUCACACUGGAGAUAGGGAUUAUGAGUGCACUGAAUGUGGGAAAUUGUAUAGGGAUCGUUCCCAACUCAAAAAACAUCAGAGAGUUCACACUGGAGAGAGGUCUUUUGAGUGUAAUGAAUGUGGGAAAUCUUAUACCAAUAGCUCAGCGCUUGCUAAACACCGGAAAAUUCACACUGGAGAAAGGCCUUAUGAGUGCACUGAAUGUGGGAAAUCAUUUAGGUAUAGUUCCCAAUUCAGUGAUCACCAGAGAGUUCACACAGGAGAAAGGCCUUAUAAGUGCAGUGAAUGUGGAAAAUCCUUCAUGAGGAGUUCACAUUACAAUCAACACUGGCGAGUUCACUCGGGAGAAAGGCCUUAUGAGUGUACUGAUUGUGGGAAAUCAUUUAGGUAUAUUUCCCAAAUCAGUAAACACCAGAGAGUCCACACUGAGCAAAGGCGUUAUGAGUGUAGUGAAUGUGGGAAAUAUUUUGCCUGUAGCUCAACACUCAUUCAACACCAGAGAGUUCACACUGGAGAAAGGCCUUUUGAGUGCAGUGAAUGUGAGAAAUCUUUUACCCAACGCUCUGCACUCCGACAACAUGAGAGACUUCACACUGGAUCAAGGCCUUAUGAAUGAGGCCAAUGUGGGAAAUUCAUUAGCUAAAGGACUGUGUUCCUUCCACAUCAGAAAUUCACACUGCAUCAUGCCUUAUGUGUAGUGAAUGUCGAAAAUGCUUUCCUAAAACUCCAGUGUCAUUCAACACAGGAGAAUUCACAAUGUAGGAAGUCCUUAUGCUGUACCGAAUGUGGUUAAUCAUUUUUAAUUUAGCCCUUUUGAUAAUUUUGUCAUGCUAUUUCACUCUUGUUUCGAUUGCAUUGCCCUAAGGAUUCCUGAUGAGCAGUUUUUCAGAUGUUUAUUUGCUAUCUGUAAGUCUUUGAUAAAAAGUGUGCUGAUACCUUUUGCCUGUUCUUUUAUAAACUUUGGUUAUUUUCCUUUUCAUUGACAAAUAGGACAAUGAAGCAACAAAUAUAUAUGUUGGAAUUUCACUCAUUCUCAAAUACAUCAGUGACUUCCUUUUUUAAUGAAAUAAAUAAUUGUUUUCAGUACUAGAAUAUAUCCUAAUUUUUUCCAAAAUUUUUUGUGCUGUGCACAAUGUGAUGGACACAUAGUCUUAACAUUAAUCUGCAUUGUUAACAUAUUCUCCAUCUGUUUCUUAAGUUCAGACAUUCAAUAAUACAAUAAAGUCUUCCUUUGUAGUGUUU